AGAAGACAGAACAAAACUAAUUACUCUGUUCAGUAUUUAUUAAUCUCAACUCUUACUUAUCAAACAUGAUCUACUCUGGAAGCCUGGUGAGAAGUGCGCUGGUCGCCUUCAUCCUGGUGGCUGUGGUGGAGUCGGGAUCGACAGCUCAGAAGCUGGCGAGCUGCUGCAAGACGGUCGACAGAAAUCCGAUUACUGAGCCCAUCACAGGAUACAUGGUGCAGCAGGCGAACCCCCCAUGUGUCAAAGCUGUGAUCUUUCAGACAAAGUCGGGUCUCUACUGCAGUCAGCUCAACGCUAAGUGGGUUCUACUUAAGAUUCAGGAAUUCAGGAAAGCAAAAGCUCAGUCGACUCUUCCUCCCACGGUCUCCCUCCUCUCCAUCAUCACAUCCACCGCCUCCCCUUCAUCAUCCUCUGCUCCUCUUCCCUCCUCUGCUCUCCCCUCCUCUGAUCUUCCCUCCUCUACUCUCCCCUCCUCUGCUCUUCCCUCCUCUGCUCUUCCCUCCUCUGCUCUCCCCUCCUCAUCUUCUGCUGAUGAAACCUCCAGCUCCAGCAGAUAUUAGUAGAACAUCAUCACCUCCACCUUCAAGGACCUUUGUUUAGAAGUCACCAACUCUGGCAUCAACGCUAUAAACGAAAUGUUUAAAAAAAAAGCACUUGAAAAGCACAGUACUGUUAUAGUUAGUUCAU